GCCUCCCCCCCCCCUUCUCUCUGCAUUAACAGUGCAGCUCAGACCCAGAAAAAAAAAUCUCCCUUCUUCCGGGAAAAAAAUCGCCAUGAGAACGAGCAACCAUCUGAUAGGUCUGGUGAACUUCCUCACCUUCCUCCUCUCGAUCCCGAUCCUGGGCGGCGGAAUCUGGCUGAGCAGCAGAGCCAACACGACAGACUGCUUGAGAUUCCUCCAAUGGCCUCUCAUCGUAAUCGGAAUCUCUAUCAUGGUCGUCUCCCUUGCCGGAUUCGCGGGAGCUUGUUACAGAAACAAGUUCCUCAUGUGGUUUUACCUCUUCGUGAUGAUCUUCGUGAUCGCGGCCCUAAUCGGCUUCAUCAUCUUCGCUUACGCAGUCACCGACAAGGGAACGGGCCGGGUCGUGCUGAAUCGGGGGUAUUUGGAUUACUAUCUGGGGGAUUACUCGGGCUGGUUGAAGGAUCGGGUCGCGGAUGAUGGGUACUGGGCGAAGAUUAGGUCGUGUAUUAGGGAUUCUGGGGCUUGCAGUAAGAUCGGAAGGAGCUUCAAUGGCGUCCCUGAAACAGCUGAUAUGUUCUUCCUCAGAAGGCUUAGCCCUAUCGAGUCGGGUUGUUGCAAGCCACCGACAGAGUGCGGUUACACGUACGUGAACGAGACGGUGUGGGCCCCGGGAGGAGGGCUUGUGGGGACGAACCCCGACUGCACGGUCUGGAGCAACGACCAGGCCUUUCUGUGCUACCAAUGCGGCUCCUGCAGAGCCGGAGUUCUAGGGAGCCUGAAGAAGAGCUGGAGAAAGGUGUCCGUCAUCAAUAUCGUCGUUCUGAUCAUUCUCGUCAUCUUUUACGUGAUCGCCUAUGCGGCCUAUCGGAAUAUCAAGAGGAUCGACAACGACGAGCCGGCCGGGGAAGCCAGGAUGACAAAGGCACACCCCAGUCAUUUCCAGCUUUGAUGCGUUGGAAUUGGGUGAAAGGUUGAAGCUUUCUGAUGUAAAAGUUUGUGUUUUUAAACAAAAUUCAAAUUUUCUUGGUGGGUUUUAGGGGAUUUGGAGAAAUGGGUCCGAGUGUUUGGUUGAUUGUAUGUUGAAUUGUUUCUGGGUUUACUACAGGAACUGAACUCUUUAUAUGGUCUGUAAGAUAAUCAGACGGUUGUCUCAAAAGGAUUAUUGUUAAAACAAUGGUGAUACCAUUUUGUUC